AUGUACUUAUUUCAGUCUUUUCAUUAUUUAACUCGAUCGUUGCGAGCUUGCUGGCUAAUUCAAUUUUUUUAUUAUCUAUCUAUCUAUCUAUCUAUCUACUUAUCAAAUCUGUUCAUAUCUCUCUCAGUCUAUUCAUAUCUAUCUAUCUAUCUAUCUUAUUUUGUUCAUAUCUAUCUAUCUAUCUAUCUAUCUAUCUAUCUAUCUAUCUAUCUAUCUUAUUUUGUUCAUAUCUAUCUAUCUAUCCCAGUCUGUUCAUAUCUAUCUAUCUAUCUAUCUAUCUAUCUAUCUAUCUAUCUAUCUAUCUAUCUAUCUUAUUUUGUUCAUAUCUAUCUAUCUAUCUAUCUAUCUAUCUAUCUAUCGUUUCCAGUCUGUUCAUAUCUACUUAUUUCGCGUUUUUUAUUAUUUAUCUCGCUUACUACUAGUUCGCUGACUAAAUCAGUUUUUUUCAUUAUCUAUUUCAUUAUCCUCUACAUAUGUAUGUAUGUAUGUAUGUAUGUAUCUAUCUAUCUAUCUAUCUAUCUAUCUAUGCUCAUAUUUUUUUUAUUUCUGUAUAUUCCUACCAAUCAAUUAACAAUAUUUUUAAUUAUAUUAUUGGUAUUAAUCAUCCAGUGUCUUAACACUUGA